GAUCACACAAUGAAAAUAAGAUACAUAAAUGCAAAAAAUCCGGGAGCGACACAUGAUUCCAUGGUUUUUCAUAUGUCAUCAUUGAAAGCACACUUAGAACAGCAACAUCAUAAUGGUAUUCGUAAUACUUGGCUACUGGGUGAUGCUGGUUACGCUCUAAAACCAUACUUGAUGACGCCGUUCAGAAAUUCUGAGGAAGGAUCUCCUCAAAGAACAUACAACAAACAACAUGCAAAAGCCAGAAAUAUUAUAGAGCGAACAAUCGGAGUUUUAAAAAAUAGAUUCAGAUGUUUAUUGCAGGCGAGAGCUCUUCAUUACACUCCAAAGAAAGCUACACAAAUAAUAAAUGUGUGCGCAGCUUUGCACAACAUUUGUCAAUUCUAUAAUGUAGAAAUACCCGACGGCGAAGAGUUUUCAAAUGAGCCUCACGACGAUGAUGCCGGAGUCGUUGAGAUGGAAUCAAUUGAGAAUUCAGAAGCAGAAGACAUCAGAAAUGAAAUUUUAAGAACCUUGUAAAUAACU